AUGGCUGACAUCGAGGAACGGUUAAGAGGCCACGCCGAGGCUUUCUCGGGCCUUAUGUCCUUGAUCCCCGCAAAGCUUUACUACGGCGAGGACAACACCACCCGUCUGAUCCUGAAUCAUUUGUCUAAUCGUUCAUACGCUACACAGGAUCAGUGGCAACGGAAGAAACAAACCAAAGAGCAAGCACGCGAGGCCAAACGAGCAAAACUCGACCCCGAAUCCGCCAAGACCGCGAAAGACGUGAUGGAUGAGAACGCUCGUAAGCGUAAGCGAGAGGAUGGCACCGUCGAAUCCGACUCUUCUGAUGGAGAAAUUGGCUCUGAACUUCCCGGUGAAGGAUUGAACCGCGGCGAUAAGACCAAGAAGCAGAAAUCAGUCGAGCAGUCAAAGGCCGAUGCCCAAGCCAAAAACGAGAAGGCCGAGGCUCGGAAGAAGAUGAAGCAGGAGAAGCAGGAGAAGAAGAAGGCUGCUCAAAAGGAAAAGAAAAAGGCCAAGCAAAACGCCCGCAAGGAAAAAUCGGACCAGGACGACAAGUCAACAGAUACUCUAACCCAAAACCCCCCAAAGGCUGCCAAGGCCACCAAUGAAAAGAAUGCCGAUCAACCUGAGAAAGAAGACGACGAGGAAGAAGACGAGGCUGAGGAUGACGCUGCCGAUGAGGGAUUUUCUCUCGAGUUCAACGCAGAGCCAGAAGAACAGUCCUCCGCUUCAUCCGCUCGCAACUCUCCCGACGCUUCAAAUCCCCAAUCAGGCAGCUCAUCUAUUUCCUCCAUCGUUCCUCCAGCUACCUCCAUUGAAACUAAGCCCAAUGAGCCCAAGGCUCUCAAGGCCACCCCAGAGCAGCUGAAGCAGCGUCUACAAAAACGCCUGGAUGAACUCCGGGCAGCCCGCCAUGCAGAUGGCCUCAACGGCAAGCCUGCGCGCAACCGUCAAGAGCUCAUUGAGGCCCGCCGGCAAAAAGCAGAGCAACGCAAGGCACACAAAAAAGAGCUUCGUCAAAAGGCCAAAGAAGAGGCGCAGCGUAAGGAAGACGAGGCCAUGGCACGUCGCUUCUCCCCUGGUGGCUCGGGCUCGCUCCUCGCCUCUCCUCGAUCUCCCGUCGAACCCGCCGGAUCCAGCAACAACUUUGCUUUCGGCCGUGUGGUGUUUGCUGACGGCCAGGAAGCCGAUGCCUCCCUGUCGAGCGUCCGUGACAAGCACACUCGCCGUGGUGCCACCGAUGCUGCGGCCCAGCUUAAGGCUGUUGAAGCAAAGAAGGCCCGUCUUGCCGAGAUGGACCCUGCCAAACGUGCCGAGCUUGAAGAAAAGGAUCUCUGGCUUAAUGCCAAGAAGCGCGCUCACGGUGAGCGGGUCCGUGACGAUACUUCCCUUCUGAAGAAGGCUCUCAAGCGUAAGGAGACCGCGAAGAAGAAGUCUGAACGGGAGUGGAAAGACCGAAUUGAAACCGUCUCUCGCAUGAAGGACCAGAAGCAGGCCAAGCGUGAGGAGAACCUGCGCAAGCGCAGAGAGGAGAAGGGUAAUAAGGGUAGCAAGGGCAAGAAGCCUGCUGGUGGUGGUAAGAAGAAGGCUCGUCCGGGGUUUGAGGGCAGCUUCAAGUCCAAGGUCGGCGGCGGUGGUAAGAAGAAAUAA